AAAAAAAAAAAAAAAAAAAAAAAGAAAAGAGGGGAAAAUUACCAUAAAAUUUUCUCAUUCUCUUUCAUUAGUCUUUUCCUUCUGGCUUCCUUAAUUGCUUCUCUUUAUUCUUCUUCUUCUUGUGGUUUGGGUCUGAGCUUUUGCAGAUUAUCAAUGGCGGCCACCGUAGCCUUCAAUGCCGUCGGAGCUCCGGCUAAACUCUCUUCUCAUUUGAGUCGACCACCCCACCACCACCGCUCAUUUCCACUCCGAUCGCCAUCUUCUCUUGCUACCCUUGCUUCCACAUGCCCAUUUUCCUCUUUAUAUUCCUCUUCCUCCGGAAUUAGGGCUCAGGUUGCUGCAGUUGAGCAAUCGAGCAUUGGUACAAUUCCUAAUGUGGAAGCUCCUGUGGUUGUCGUCACUGGAGCUUCAAGAGGGAUAGGCAAAGCUGUUGCAUUGGCUCUUGGCAAAUCUGGUUGUAAGGUGCUUGUAAACUAUGCAAGGUCAGCAAAGGAAGCUGAAGAAGUUGCUAAGGAGAUUGAGGCUGGUGGUGGUCAUGCACUUACUUUUGGAGGUGACGUUUCAAAAGAGGAAGAUGUAGAGUCCAUGAUUAAAACUGUGGUUGAUGCAUGGGGAACAGUUGAUGUCCUGAUAAAUAAUGCAGGAAUAACACGGGAUGGGUUAUUAAUGAGAAUGAAGAAGUCCCAAUGGCAGGAGGUUAUUGAUUUGAAUCUUACAGGAGUGUUUCUUUGCACACAGGCUGCAGCCAAAAUUAUGAUGAAGAAGAAAAAGGGAAGAAUAGUCAAUAUAGCAUCUGUUGUUGGUCUGGUGGGAAAUGUUGGUCAAGCCAACUACAGUGCUGCAAAAGCUGGGGUGAUUGGCUUUACAAAAAGUGUUGCGAAGGAGUAUUCUAGCAGAAACAUUAACGUCAAUGCUGUGGCUCCUGGUUUUAUUGCAUCAGACAUGACUGCCAAGCUUGGAGAAGACAUAGAAAAGAAAAUCUUGCAGUCCAUCCCCUUAGGGCGAUAUGGGCAACCUGAGGAAGUAGCUGGACUGGUUGAAUUCUUAGCACUUAAUCCUGCUGCUAGCUAUAUUACAGGACAGGUUUUCACCAUUGAUGGAGGAAUGGUGAUGUAAAAGCUGACACCCCACAUCUUUUUGCUGGCUUUCUACAAAAUCUUCACAAAGGAAGGCAUUAUCUUCUAAUUCCUCUCUAGAUAUAGGUUUUUAUUUACCGGGAGCAUACGAGAAAUAGGAAAAUUUUGUGUGAUCUUUUGUUUGUAUUUCUUUUUCAUUUUGGUUUCAGUUUUGUUAACUGGAACAAGGAUGCGUUGUAUUCACAUGAAGUUUUUGCUUGCAUGACAGAAAUAUAGCCUUUUCUUAUAAUGGAUAAAUGAUCUUGGAUUUUAUGUUAAUAA